ACACCAGCUGGCAAGAGGCAGAGCCGCAGCCCUUUCUGGGGACCCUGCCGCCACCCUUCCAAGGGGUCUGCGCCUCCUGGGAGAGGGUGGGCAUCUCCAGGACACGGGUCCAUGGUGGAUGGCUCUGGGGACGCUCCCGAGGCUGUGCUGUCUCCCUGCCGAGCGGGUCGGAAGGUCACUGCAGAGGCUGCUCACAGUCCCAGGGCUGGGGCCAAGGGAGUCUGCACCAGAGACCCAUGUGGAACCAAGGAUGCAGCCGCCCUGCUGAGAACACGGCGGCCCAUCUCUGGAGACCGUGACCUCGAGACGGUGGCCCUCGGCCCUCCACCUCUGGCUGGAGCGGGGGCCGCCCAUCUCCAAGUCCCCAGCCAUGACGACCUCCGCACUGCGGCGCCAGGUCAAGAACAUCGUGCACAACUACUCGGAGGCAGAGAUCAAGGUGCGCGAGGCCACCAGCAAUGACCCAUGGGGCCCGCCCAGCUCGCUCAUGUCUGAGAUCGCCGACCUGACCUUCAACACAGUGGCCUUCGCAGAGGUCAUGGGCAUGCUGUGGCGGCGGCUCAACGACAGCGGCAAGAACUGGCGGCACGUGUACAAGGCGCUGACGCUGCUGGACUACCUGCUCAAGACGGGCUCUGAGCGGGUGGCCCACCAGUGCCGCGAGAACCUCUACACCAUCCAGACGCUCAAGGACUUCCAGUACAUCGACCGGGACGGCAAGGACCAGGGUGUCAACGUGCGUGAGAAGGUCAAGCAGGUGAUGGCCUUGCUCAAGGACGAGGAGCGCCUCCGGCAGGAGCGGACCCAUGCCCUCAAGACCAAGGAGCGCAUGGCACUGGAGGGCACGGGCAUUGGCAGCGGGCAGCUGGGCCUCGGACGCUCUCGCGGUUCCCCGUCCUCCUACAACUCCUCCUCCUCAUCCCCCCGCUAUACCUCGGACUUGGAGCAGGCCCGGCCCCAGACGUCGGGAGAAGAGGAGCUGCAGCUGCAGCUGGCCUUGGCCAUGAGCCGGGAGGAGGCUGAGAAGCCGGUCCCCCCAGCAUCCCACAGGGAUGAGGAUCUACAGCUGCAGCUGGCUCUGCGUCUGAGCCGGCAGGAGCAUGAGAAGGAGGUGAGGUCCUGGCGGGGAGAUGACUCCCCUGUGGCCAAUGGUGCUGGGGCCGCGGUCCGCCAUUGGCAAGACAAAGAGCCAGAGAGAGAAGAGAGAAAGGAGGAGGAGAAGCUGAAAACCAGCCAGUCCUCCAUCCUGGACUUGGCAGACAUCUUCGCACCCACCCCGGCCCCGCCCUCCACCCACUGCUCCGCUGACCCAUGGGACAUCCCAGGUCUCAGGCCGAACACAGAGCCCAGUGGCUCCUCCUGGGGGCCUUCUGCAGACCCCUGGUCUCCUGUUCCCUCAGGAAGCAACCUGUCCAGAAGCCAGCCCUGGGACUUGCCCCCUAUGCUCUCCUCCUCUGAGCCCUGGGGCCGGACCCCAGUGUUGCCCGCCAGACCCCCUUCCACAGACCUCUGGGCACAGAACUCCCCCCAACACAAGCUCCCCAACACUGGGGCUGACCCUUGGGGGACCUCAGUGGAGAUCUCCAGUGCACCUGCUCUAGGUGGUACCUCACCCUUUGACCCAUUUGCCAAACCUCCAGUAUCCACAGAGACCAAGGAGGGGCCAGAGUGUGCGCAGGCCCUGCCCUCUGGGAAGCCCAGCAGUCCCGUCGAGCUGGACCUGUUUGGAGACCCCAUCCCCAGUUCCAAGCAAAAUGGCACCAAGGAGCCAGAUGCCUUUGACCUGGCUAUACUGGGGGAGACGCUAACCCAGCCCAGCCAGGAGGCCCGAGCAUGCCGGACUCCAGAGUCUUUCCUGGGCCCUUCAGCCUCCUCUUUGGUCAACCUUGAUUCAUUAGUCAAGGCGCCCCAGGCCGCAAAGACCCGAAACCCCUUCCUGACAGGUCUCAGCGCUCCAUCCCCCACCAACCCCUUCGGUGCGGGCGAGCAGGCGAGGCCGACCCUGAACCAGAUGCGCACGGGGUCGCCGGCGCUGGGCUUGGCGGCCAGCGGGCCGGUCGGGGCGCCCUUGGGCUCCAUGACCUACAGCGCCUCCCUGCCCCUUCCGCUCAGCAGCGUGCCGGCCGGCGUGACCCUCCCCGCCUCGGUGAGCGUCUUCCCGCAGGCGGGCGCCUUCACGCCGCCGCCCGCGAGGCUGCCGCAGCCACUGCUGCCUACGUCGGGUUCCGCCGGGCCACUCCAGCCGCCCCAACAGGCCGGCACCAACCCCUUCCUCUGAGCGCAGCCCCGCCCCGC